GAGUAAGAUAGUUCUAAUAUUUUAGUCUUCUUAUUCCAAUUUUACGUGUCUCAUCAUGUGUGGUGUCUUCUGCAAAAAAAAUUUCACUGAAAAAAAAUCUCAAUUAUGUUUGAUUUGUACCUUGUAUGAUAAUUCUGAGUUUGAUAUGUUCUUUUUUUAUAAAUGGUGUAUACUGAUAAACUUUAUUUGUUUACAAUGCAGUGAAGAAGAGAUGUUGAAACUAAAUAUCCACUUUGGUGGAACAAUGAAGAAAGAAGCUGAUGAUUAUAUUUAUCGUAAUGAGUCAGGCUUUAAAAAUGUUGUAUGGAAAAUGUCUGAGAUCAGCUGGAAGAAGUUUCAAUAUUUCAAUAAAGCUGAAGGCAUUGUAACAGAGUUAAGAUUGAUUUGGUACAAAGAAACAAGUGAGGAGAUGAAGAAUAUCAAUUAUGUGUUUGAGGAUGUUAAUGGUGAUAUCUCAGAGUUGUGUUCUUCUGCGAGAAUAGCAAGUGCAAUUGAUGUUUUUCUAGAAAAUGAAGAUGAGAGUGGAUAUGUAGCUGAAGGAGAAGAAGGUGAUGAAACUGAUAUAGACGAGAGAUCAGAGGACGAUGGUGAUGAAUCUGAUGAUGAUAAGCCACCAAAAGAAGAUGAUGACCCUGAGGAAUCUGAGGACGAAGCUGAUACAACUAAGAAUAAAGGUGAUGAUUUAAAAGAAAUGCAGACUCGUGAUGGUGAUUUGAAUGAGAAGCAAGAUCAUGGUGCUGAUUUAAAAGAAACACAGGCCCGUGCUGAUGAUUUAAAAGAAAUGCAGGCUCAUGGUGAUGAUUUGCAGAAUAAGGGCGUUCGUAAUUUGGUGAACGAUGGAGAUGAGGUUAUUUUAGACGCAGGAAAUGGUGGUGAUGAUAACAGAUUUCAGUCCCUGUUUGAGGAGGGUACUAGAAGAAGUCCCAAGUUGAAUGAAGUAACUCGUACUUUAGCUGCAGAACAGGCAAAAGAAGAAAGGGACGAAGAAGAAUCUGAUCCUGAAUUUGGCUUAGAAGACGUCCAAUAUCCAGAUACACCGUUAAGUUCAGACGAAGAGUGGGAGCAAUGGAAAAAUCCUAAAAGAGAAAAAGGAAAAGAAAAAUUUCAUGGAGAUUUUGACAAAGAACCUUACAUAUGGUUGUUUCAGAAAUUCAAUAGUGGAUUAGAGUUCAAGGAUCAGCUACUACGCUACUCAUUGAAUACUCAAUAUGAUGUUAAAAUGGCAAAAUCAGAAGCAACAAGGAUAGCUGCUAUAUGUUGCAAGAGUGACUGUCAUUGGAGAAUAUAUUGUUCGGUUGAGCGGCCAUUGAACAAGUGGAUGGUGAAAGUUUGUCACAACAAGCAUAACCAUGGAAAAUCAAGUCGAGUAUCAAUGCUGAAGCAAGGUGUGAUUGCGGGUCUGUUUAGAGAAGAAAUCAGAAGAAAUGUUAAUUUGCAGGCUGCAGAGAUAAAAGACAUGAUAAAAGAACGUUAUAACAUCGUUGUCAAUAUUUCAAAGUGUUACAAAGCCAGAUGAAUUGCUUUGGACACAGUCCUUGAAGCUCAAACCAUUCAGUUUGGUAAGCUAUGGGAUUAUGAGGCUGAGCUUAAACGAUCAAACAAAGAUAUCACUACAGAGAUUUGUACUGCUGAUGUCAAUGGUGUACAACAGUUUGUUUGUUUCUACAUUUGUUUUGAAGAAUUUCGGACGACUUGGAAGAAAUGUUGUAGACCAGUAAUUGGCCUUGAUGGAUGCUUUUUAAAGUGGGAUUUGGAAGGUGAUUUGCUUGCAGCUGUCGGUAGAGAUGCAGAUAACAAGAUGUAUCCCAUUGCGUGGGCUGUUGUUAAACGUGAAAACAAGGAUACUUGGGGCUGGUUUGUGAAAAAACUCAAACUAGAUCUCAACUUAGGAAUAGGCAGUAAUCUUACUAUCAUUUCUGAUAAGCAAAAGGUAAUUUAUUAUGUGCUUAAUUUCCAUGGUAAUAUCAGUGCUAAUUAUAUAAUCUGAACUUUGAGUUUGAAGAUAACAUAUUUGUUUUUCAGGGUAUUAUCCAUGCCAUAGCUGCCGAGCUUCCAAAAGCAGAACAUCGUAUGUGUGCAAGACAUAUAUAUGGUAAUUGGAAAAAAUCUUUUUCCCGGUCAGAAUAUAAAAAUCUGUUUUGGGGUGUGGCGUACAGCUAUCAUGAAGGGGAAUAUAAGGAUAAAAUGAAGAUGGUAGAGACAUAUGAUCCAUUUGCGUAUGAGGCGUUGCUUAAAACGGAGCCAGAGAAAUGGUGUAGAGCUUUUUUUAAUCCAGAGUCGCAUUGUGCCGAUGUGCAUAACAAUCUAUCUGAAGCUUUCAACAGGACGAUCAAAAUGGCAAGAACAAAGCCUGUGAUUAGUAUGCUGGAGGACAUACGAAGACAAGCAAUAAAAAGAAUAUCUCGUAGAUGGCUGCAAGCAGAGAAGUGUAGCACCCAUCUCACUCCAAUUACAAUGGCUAUAUUAGAGAAAGCAAGGGUUGCUAAGAAAUUUUGCUCAACAAUACGCAGCAGAACAACUUUAUACGAGGUAAAUGAGUUUGAUGUUGGCUAUACUGUUGACCUAGCAACACAUCAAUGUGCUUGUCGCCGUUGGGACCUUACUGGAAUACCAUGCAAACAUGCAAUAUGUGUAUUAGAUGACAACCAAGACGAUGCUGAGAAAUAUGUUUCUGAUUAUUAUUCAUCUUUAUGCCUUCAAAACACAUAUGCUGAUAACAUCAGGCCUGUAAAUGGUGAGACGUUGUGGAAUAAGAUAGAGAAGCCUCCAAUUGGAAUACCCGACAUACGUAAGCCAAGAGGUAGACCUAAAAAACGUGACAGGAGAAAGGAACCUUUUGAAUCACUACAAAAUGCGGGUAAAUCUACAAGACACGGUAGAAUCUCACAUUGCAGCCGUUGUGAUCAAGCUGGACAUAUAAAAAGCGGAUGUAAAAAUGAACCAGUCGUUGUAGAAGGCCCAAAAAAUAGACGUGGUAGACCUCGUAAACACCCUGCAGAGGUAUUUUUUGUUAAUUUUUUCGAUAUGCAGCUGAACUGGUUGGUGUGUAACAGAUUUUUGACUUGAUUUUCAUGAUUCAGAUUCACCCAAAACGUCAACCAAAACCAAGAAAAAAUAAAAGCGGUCCAUCAGUUGGAUCAAGCUCUCAGCCGUUACAAACAGCUCAAUCAAGUUAUGCAUUUCCUGCUGCUUCUAGUGCUCCUCAGCAAUCUGUCCCCUCCAACCAACCAGCCAAACAUGUGAAGAAGGCUUCACGAGGACGACCAUUGAAGAUAAGAAAGAUCGGUAACAUUCCAAGUGGGAGUGGAACGUUAUGGAGCCCCUUCACAGAUCGGCCUUUCGAGGUCUUUGGAAACAGAGUUUAUGAUAGGUCUAUCACUGAUUCACAACCUCCAGAAUAAAACUUUGAAUAGCUGUGAUGUUGUUUCUCCUUUUUUGGUGACUCUUACUUUAUUUCGAUUACUAUCGUAAGAAAUACAAUGGAGUAGUUGAAUUUAAUUUUUUUUUCUUUUUAACAUACGAAGGCCUCGUAAAUUUUGAAUCACAAGAUCAAAAUAUUAAACUAUUCUUACUCUAUUUUGUCUCUGGGUAGAUUUUUAUUACUUUAUGGUUUUCUAUUUUUCAGCAAUUUGUCAUUUAUACGAAACAAGUAGUCUCCAAUUAUAUGAAAUCCCCUAAAAGCUUGUUCUAUACACUCGAGCAAUAUCUCUGUUUCAAUGAAAAACGUUGAAUCUGUUACUUAGUGAGCACUUGAAAGCUUUUACAUAUCGAAAAAGGAGUGCUCUCAAAAGCUCUGUGUUCUUCCAGUGGAUACUCUAGCCAUCCGUACUGUCUGUUUCUUUCUGUAGUAUACAGCUGAUCCGCUUACAAGUAACAGUCCUAGCACAAACGCCUCAAAACCAAGAACUGAUACUCUCUCCUCAUUCGCAGGAGGAAAACAGCUUCUAUAAGUUUUUUAAGACUGAGACUUCUAGGCUUUCGGUGAAGAGUCAUCAUGCAGAUUCCUCUGUUUCACAAAUGCAUCAACAACAUCUUCGUCACCCUCAUCAUUGACAUUAGAUUGAUCCCUUUGUUGAGUCUCUUUUGCAUCUUUCUUGUGUGAAGCUUCUUCUCCUCUUACCUCUCUGCAUUUAAAAGGAAUUCUAUAACCCGUUUCACUGCAACGAUACUUCUCUUUUCUCCUUUCAGAGGAAUUGCAAGAAACACAAGGACCUGAAGGAGAGCAUUCGAAGGUGACGUUGCUUCCCUUCGAAGUUUCUUUGAAACCUAGAAGGAACCUACGCAACGAUUCUCGUCUCUUCGUUUCUGUUCAUGUGCUCUGACAAGAAACGAUGAUGAAAUUGCAACACCGUAGGCGAAGAGGAUGAUCAUAUAAAAUGGAGAUUUCAGAGAAGCCAUCUCCUUCGUCGUCGUCGUCCUAUUGUUUUCGCUUUAAAAUAUUUUAUUAUUUUCAAAACAUAUCCGAUGGUUCUAUUAAAAUAUAAGUAAUUACAAUAAAGCACAUAUUUUAUCAAAAGGAAACAGAGUUAGUUACGACGUUAACAGAGUUUAUAAUUCUGUCUAUCCAAAUAUAAGACAAAACACGUAAGCCACUUUUAGAGUUUUUGUUAAGAAUGCUGUCAGUUUUAGGGUUUAUUAUGGAAACAUAGUAUUUGGAGGUUUAAAGUGGAAGUACUUGACACUUUGAAGGUUUUUCGUGGGAUUUUCCCAUAAAAAAAAUACUAUUUUUAUUUUAAUUCAUCCCGCGCGGAUAAUCAUCUAGUUGUUAAACUUUUGAUCAAGCCCAUAUUUUUGUUACCUUACGUAACUAUAAGAGAUUACGAGUCAUAUUCAAACUGUGAUAAAAAAAACUUGUGAAUGAUAAUUGUUCUGCAUAUACUAGUAUAUAAUAAUGUCUCCAAAUAGGACAAUAUUUUACCAACAUGAUUAGAAUUUGACAAAAUAAAGACUGAAUUUCACAAACAAUACUUGGUAACCGAAACAAGUUAUGUUUAUUAUACACGUGAUUAUAUAUUACAACAAAUGAAUGGACGAUCGUAUCUUAUAUUCCACUAUGACAAUAUCCUUUUAUUGUUGAAGCACCGUAAUCUACUGGUUAAUUUUUAAAGGCUUCUACACCCAGGUUUGAGAUUCGAAUCCCAGACUAUGCAAUUUAUUACAGAUUAUAGAAAAUUCAUGUUUCAAGUCCCGGAGAGAGCGAUUUAUUAAAUAAGUAUACAGAUUACGGAAUAAAGGCUUACGAGGGAUCUUCAACAUAGUGCAAGUAAAUCUGGUCAGACGUGGAUCUUCAUAGGAUGGCUCAGGUGAUGCAGUUAGACGUAAGUCUUCAUAAGACAUAUAGUAUUGUCGGUUGUCGAAUCGUCUAUGUAAUCUUUCUCGUAUUAUAAUUGUAAUAUCAUAAUAAAUGAACGUUAAAAAAAAAACAAUAUCCUUUUACUGAUCAACCAACGGAUUCUCUCGUUACCAUAAUUGUGCCAAUUCCAAAGGUUUCUUUCUUAUUCCUUUCUAUAUUGGUAAUUGGUAAACAGAUGAAUACUGUGAAUUAUAUCAAGUGCAAUGACUCAUAAAUUAAGAUGUUUAGAAAUCUGUGGUAGUAAUAUAAGUUUUCGUGAUUUCAAUUUAUUAAUUUUUUCAUGAAACUAUGAAAUUUACCCAUGACCAAAGUAAUGAUUGACAACUUUUAUCAAUUUAAAUUUAAAUUUUAGUUUUUGCAUAGUAAAAACAGAGUAGUUGUGUAUUUUAUCGUAUCAUUUAUAAAUAAGUUGCAAUUUAAGUGAUUCAGUCCACCCUCUUUUUUUUUUGUAGUGUAACAAUAACACACAAACAUAUUUUUAACAUUGAUAGAGAGAGUA